AUGAGCGGGAGCGGCGGCCCCGGGCCCGGCGCGGCUCCCUGCCGCUUCGCCCACUACUUCGUGCUGUGCGGCAUCGACGCGGAGAGCGGGCUGGAGCCCGACGAGCUGGCAGUCUUGUACAAAUGGCUAGAAGCAGAUCUUCAUGGCAAGCGCUCAGGUACUGCAGACAAAACCUCAGGGGAGAAUUUUGAUCAGAGUCCCUUAAGAAGAACCUUCAAGUCCAAAGUUUUGGCCCACUAUCCUCAGAACAUCGAGUGGAACCCCUUUGACCAGGAUGCUGUCAACAUGCUGUGCAUGCCCAAAGGGCUGUCUUUCAGGACGCAGGCAGACAACAGAGAUCCCCAGCUCCAUUCGUUCAUCAUCACCAGGGAAGAUGGCUCUCGUACCUAUGGCUUCGUGCUCACGUUCUUCGAGGAGGUCACGAGCAAGCAGAUCUGCACAGCCAUGCAAACCCUUUACCAAAUGCACAACGCAGAGCAAUACAGCAGUGUCUGUGCCUCCUCCUCUUGCAGCAUGGACUCCCUGGCCAGCAGCAUCGACGAGGGUGAUGCCACUUCCCUGGCCAAGCUCCAGCGGUACAACUCCUACGACAUCAGCAGGGACACGCUGUACGUCUCCAAAUGUAUAUGCCUCAUCACCCCUCUGCCCUUCAUGCAAGCCUGCAAGAAGUUCCUGAUCCAGCUCUACAAGGCAGUGACCUCCCAGCAGCCACCACCUCUGCCCCUGGAGAGCUACAUCCACAAUAUCCUCUACGAGGUGCCCCUGCCACCCCCAGGGAGGUCGCUCAAGUUUUACGGGGUUUACGAGCCCAUCAUUUGCCAGAGACCUGGGCCCAACGAGCUGCCUCUCUCUGACUACCCCCUGCGGGAGGUCUUUGAGCUGCUGGGGCUGGAGAACCUGGUCCAGGUUUUCACCUGUGUUCUUCUGGAGAUGCAGAUCCUUCUGUACUCACAAGAUUAUCAGCGUCUGAUGACAGUGGCAGAGGGGAUCACGACGCUGCUGUUCCCAUUCCAGUGGCAGCACGUGUAUGUCCCCAUCCUUCCUGCCUCCCUCCUCCAUUUCCUGGAUGCUCCCGUUCCUUACCUGAUGGGGCUGCAGUCCAAGGAGGGAACGGACCGCUCCAAGCUGGAGCUGCCUCAGGAGGCAAACUUGUGCUUUGUAGACAUUGACAACCAUUUCAUCGAACUGCCGGAGGAAUUCCCCCAGUUCCCCAACAAGCUGGAGUUUAUCCAGGAAAUCUCAGAGGUUCUCCUGCAGUUUGGGAUCCCACCGGAGGGUAACCUGCACUGCAGCGACAGUGCCACCAAACUCAAGAACCUGGUUCUUAGUGACCUGGUGAAUGACAAGAAGAAUGGGAACAUCCCCAGCAAUGCCCUCAACAUGUACGAGCUGCUGAAAGGCAACGAGACCAUCGCCCGCCUCCAGGCCCUUGCCAAGAGAACAGGAGUGACAAUGGAAAAAAUCACCAUCACGGCUCCCCUGGUGGAGAAGGAGAAGGAUGGGAAAUUGCCAUGUGAGGAGGUGGAGCUGAGGGACUACAAACUGAACGUGCAGCUCCGCGAGGUGUUCGCCAACCGCUUCACGCAGAUGUUUGCAGACUACGAGGCUUUUGUCAUUCAGGCUGCCCCCGAUAUGGAGUCCUGGCUGACAAACAGGGAACAAAUGCAAAACUUUGACAAAGCUUCCUUCCUUUCGGACCAACCUGAGCCUUACCUCCCGUUCCUUUCACACUUCAUUGAAACACAGAUGUUUGCAACCUUCAUAGACAAUAAGAUAAUCUCCCAGUGGGAAGAGAAAGACCCUUUUCUACGAGUUUUUGACUCCCGCAUUGAGAAAAUAAGGCUGUAUAAUGUGAGGGCCCCUGCACUGCGCACAUCCAACUAUCAGAAAUGCAGCACUUUGAAAGAAGCAGCUCAAUCCAUCGAGCAGAGGCUGAUGAAGAUCGAUCACACAGCCAUCCACCCCCACUUACUUGAUAUGAAGAUUGGCCAAGGGAAAUAUGAACAAGGAUUCUUCCCAAAAUUGCAAUCGGAUGUCCUGGCAACGGGACCCACCAAUAACAACCGCUGGGCCAGUCGCAGCACCACCACCCAGCGGAGGAAGGAUCGCCUGCGGCAGCACUCGGAGCACAUCGGGCUGGACAAUGAUUUGAGGGAGAAAUACAUGCAGGAGGCGAGGAGUUUAGGAAAAAAUUUAAGGCAGCCCAAACUCUCAGACCUCUCUCCAGCUGUGAUUGCACAGACCAACUGGAAGUUUGUGGAAGGGUUACUGAAGGAAUGUCGCAUGAAGACUAAACGCAUGUUGGUAGAGAAGAUGGGCCAUGAAGCAGUCGAGCUAGGACAUGGAGAAGCCAACAUAACAGGUCUGGAGGAAAAUACAUUGAUUGCUAGCCUCUGUGAUCUGCUAGAAAGAAUCUGGAGCCAUGGUCUGCAGGUCAAGCAGGGGAAAUCUGCUUUGUGGUCCCAUUUACUUCAGUACCAGGAGAGAGAAGAGAAGCAAGAGCAUAGUGCAGAGUCCCCAGUAGCUGUUGGAACAGAAAGACGGAAAUCUGAUACAGGAAUUAGUCUGCCUACUUUGAGGGUUUCCCUGAUACAAGAUAUGAGGCAUGUUCAGAACAUGAGUGAGAUAAAGACUGAUGUGGGGCGAGCCCGAGCCUGGAUAAGGCUUUCUCUGGAGAAGAAGCUUUUGUCUCAGCACCUGAAACAGCUGCUUUCCAAUCAGGCACUCGCCAAGAAACUUUACAAGCGUUACGCUUUCCUGCGCUGUGAAGAAGAGCGGGAACAGUUUCUGUAUCACCUGCUCUCCCUCAAUGCUGUGGAUUACUUCUGCUUCACAAGCGUCUUCACCACAAUCAUGAUCCCGUAUAGGUCAGUGAUAAUUCCUAUCAAAAAACUAAGCAAUGCAAUAACUACAUCAAACCCAUGGAUUUGUGUGUCAGGAGAACUAGGAGAAACAGGUGUGAUGCAGAUUCCGAAAAACCAUCUAGAAAUGACAUUUGAGUGCCAGAAUCUCGGGAAGCUGACGACCGUUCAGAUUGGUCAUGACAACUCAGGGCUGCUAGCCAAGUGGCUGGUUGAUUGUGUCAUGGUCAGAAAUGAAAUAACAGGACACACAUACAAGUUUCCUUGUGGGCGGUGGCUGGGGAAGGGCAUUGAUGAUGGAAGUUUGGAGCGAAUUCUCAUUGGGGAGCUGGUGUCCUCCACCUCUGAUGAAGAGCUGGGAAAGCAGUGCCGUACCCCACCCCAGCAGAAAUCCCCCACCGUGGCUCGACGUCUGAGCAUCACUUCCCUCACAGGGAAGAACACCAAGCCUAAUGCAGGACAGAUCCAAGAGGGAAUUGGGGAAGCUGUGAACAAUAUUGUGAAACACUUUCACAAGCCAGAAAAAGAGAGGGGGAGCCUUACCAUUCUGUUGUGUGGAGAAAAUGGUCUGGUUGCAGCACUGGAACAGGUCUUCCACCAUGGAUUUAAGUCAGCUCGCAUUUUUCAUAAGAAUGUCUUCAUCUGGGAUUUCAUAGAGAAAGCUGUUGCUUAUUUUGAAACCAGUGACCAGAUUGGAGACAAUGAGGAGGCACUUUUGCUUCAGAGAUCUUCAUGCAAAACCUUCUGUCAUUACGUUAAUGCAAUCAAUACAGCUCCAAGGAACAUUGGAAAGGAUGGCAAAUUCCAGAUUCUGGUUUGCCUGGGGACGAGGGACCACUUGCUCCCUCAGUGGAUCCCAUUGCUGGCAGAGUGCCCUCCCAUUACAAGGAUGUAUGAGGAGAAUGCUCUCCUCCGGGACCGCAUGACUGUCAACUCCCUUAUCCGAGUUCUACAGACAUUGCAAGAUUUCAACAUCAUCCUGGAAGGAUCGCUCAUUAAAGGAGUGGAUGUUUAGCACGGCUUUGCUGAGAACUUCAUUAUUCCUUUCCCAAGCAAGCAAACCACAACUGGAGACCUGUCAGGACUUGAAGGAGAUGGUAGUGCACCACUGUAAGGCAAAGCUGCCGGUUGGAGCGGGAAGCCCAGUUUGUGCCCGAUGGGGACUGUCCUCUAAAGCUGCAGAAAGCCAAGAUGCAGUAUUGUAGUUUAUUUGAAACAGAAAUUUAGUAUAAAAUAGAGUAUUUUCAUGUGUUAGAUGUGUGUAAAUAUGCUAUCUUCUUUAAGAAAUUAUAUUACUCUAAGAAAUUUUUCUUAGACUGAAUGUUCUUGUUCUGACUAUGGAUAGCUUAAACCCGGGGAAGGACUGGGGGGGAGGGAAGGACUGAGGUAGAAAGGGAUGCCCCUACUUGCUUGUGAGGAAGAAGCCAAUCAAUGUGUAAACACAGUGCAAACUCAGCAGGGCUUUUUUCAGGAAUGCAAAUUAAUACAGCAAAUAUCCUUAUGUAGCCAUUGUGAUUGUCUCACUCUUGGAAGUGUUGUAAACAUAUGCUGGUUUAUCCUACUGUACAUGGUCUCCUUUUGUUUCUUUUAUUUGUUUGAAGACUCAGUCCUUCAACUGAAGGGAAGUUGUGAGUUGUCUUUUUUUUUUUUUUUUUUUCCUUUCAGGCCUUUGUGUCACUUCUGCUGAUCUCCAAAAGGGGAGGCAAGCAUUGAAAUGCUUAAACACUGGAGAGGAGGUCUGCUGUCUGUCAGCCUCAGAGACUGAGAGUAUGAGAAAUCUCUCUAAACAGUGCUGCUGUAGCCUGAGAUUGGGAAUGCUGGCUUGCUUGUCUCACUCUCUGUGUCCCUUGCCUGUCUUGAUCUGAUGAUUCCCCCCUUGUCCUCAGCCACUUUGUGUCGUGGGUUACUUUUGAGGAUUUUUUUCCCGUGUUGAGGAAUUUGGUUCAUACUUGCUGUACUUGAGAAGAAUCCUUGCUGUAGGGUCAUAAACAAGAAUGUUGUUGUGCUAUUGAAGUGUAUCAGAUGGCUUUGAAAUGCUGACAUGUUAUGAGUCUUCCUUUAUCCUGCAGAAUGAGUGUUCCUAGGAAGUACAGGAUCUUGGAUUACAUUUAUUUUUUGUUUUAAAUUAUCCAGCAACAACAACAAAAAAAAUAAGAAAAAGGAGUGAAAAAGAAAAAAAGAAUCUCACUUUGGUAUUUUCAGGCUCCUCUCAUACACUCUUUCCAGUUAAUGUGUUAGUAAUACAGCAUGUAUGAGUAGAUACAGGUCUUGAAGAGGAACUGGGAGCAACUGAAAUCCUGUACACUAAAAAUUUAACAGUAGGUUACAUUAAAAUAAAUUUGUGGAUACAGUGCAGCAAAUAUGGAGUGUAUUUUCCAUUCUUGUGAUGGAAGGAUCUGAGGGUGUAUUUAGCUUCACCUGUUUUUAGUUUUUGGAGGUUAGUUUAAAUAUAGAUGUUUGUCUUAACUUGUUUAUUCCCUCUGAUCUUGGCCAUUCUGUCAGCAGAUUUCUGUGGAUGUUUCAGUGUCAGCUGUGGCUGGGGAAAGGCCCUGAACAGGUAUUGUAAGCACAGUGCCUUGCUCUGUGCUCUCAAGUAGCAUUAGGAGGGACUUGGGAACAGGGGGCAGUAGCAGGUCUGGGUAUAGUGUGCACAUGGUGGACAGAGGAAUGAGAGCUAAGGAAAGAGGAUGAAAAGUAGGGUUUUCCUUCUCUCCUGCCUUUUGUCAAGCUUCUCUAGUUUUCCUGUGGUCCUUCUGCUGUCCAGUUCUUAUAACAGCACUCAGUUUAGCAUCAAAGUUUCACACUGUAUUUCCAGACAGAAGAAAGCUCUUCAUGUGACUUUGUUUCAUUAGAAGGGGGAGUUUUAGGCUAUGGAAGGGUUUUUUUCUGUUUGUAAAGAAGUAAAAUAACACUGUUGGAGAGUCUUUAAUUGAGGGUUUCAGUUUUAAUAACAAUUCUUUCCUCUUGGGAUUGUACUUCCUUAAACUGACUAAACCCAUCCUAAACACUGUAGGCAGCACUGCCAUGUCACUGCUGUGGGUGUGAGUAACUAACACAAAGGCUCUGAGUGGUGUCAUGAGUUGGUAGCCAGAACCCAUGGCAGUGUGGCAUCUCUUUUACAUUUCUAGAAAUGUGAAAUCCAGGCUAUUUUUCUGUGUGGCUGGGCAAGUCUGCUUAAAGUCAGUAGAGAAGAUGUAUGACAGCCCUUCAGCAGCAGUUGAAAAUGCAGCCCUAGUACUUAACUCUAUCAGUAAAUUACACAUUUAGUACCAGAAACCAUGUGGCAGCAUAAUUUGGAAAUGACUGCUUAGGAUGUUUUGAUUUCUUUUACAACUCAAGCCUUUUAUGUCUAAUGACUGCUAUACAUGGUUUUCUUUUUUUCACACCCAACCCAGUCUAAGUGACUUUCAUUUUACUGAAAUAAUAACCUCUUCAGUCCUUGGAUUUCUUCACAGCAGCAUCUGCAUUUGCUAGCUGGAUAUGUCUCAAAAGAGUACUUAUGUCUUAAGCAGUCAUACCAUUCAUAUGUCAUGACAUGGGCUAAGUGCAAGCAGGAUAAAGGAUAAAAAGCACCUCUAAAGGUCAAGCAGAUACGAAUAAACCACACACAAAGGGCAAUAGCAAAAUCUUUCUUAAGUUACAAUUAGUCAAAACCUGAGAAAUAUUAAAAUUCAAACUUCCCCAUUUCAAACUACAUUAAAGAACCUUUAGCACUUAAUAUAACUUCAUGUCAGCUUUUCCAGCAAGCUUUGACUUGUUUGGUUUUGUUAGGUUUCACAUCAUGUUAAUAAUAAUAAUACAAUAAAAAUUAUGUAUGUCUAGUAUUUCCUUGUAGGCAAUAAAGCACCCUAAAAUAUGUUGAAAGGGCACAGCUGAGUGCCUCAGAGUUACUUGACAAACUUGGGAGUAUGGUUCUUUGUAGUGAAUUUUUUUCUACCAUGUAUUUUUAUUAUUAUUAUUUUAAUUUUUUUUAAUAGACAACUUUUUUUUGUUGGAAAAUGUGAGGUUCAUUUUCUGUAAGGUUUACAGAAAUUAUUCUACCCACUAUAAUGGUGAGAAACCCAUCAGGAUACUUCUAAGCUAACACAAUUUUUACUUCAGUGUUAAAGCACCUUCAUUGGCUGAGAAAGGGAAUCUUGGAAAAGACCAAAGCUCUCUGGUAUCUGCUUUAAAAAAAAAAAAAUCCUAUUGAAUGCCUGUCUGCAGAUGUCUGAGUUUGCAUCGUCCUGUUAUACUAACAUCCAGUGUGGUAACCUGAGAGAGUCAGAUGCCUCUCUAUUGUAUAAAAUGUGUAUUUAUAAUUCUCUGAAAUGAAUGAAAUCCUACUGUUUAGUGAAAAACCUACUCAUGUUUAUUCCAAGCUGGUUUGUGGAAUUAGAGAUCAUUGUUCAAAAAUGUCUUUUUAGAAUAGUUGUGCGAUGGCAUAUUUGAGAAAAUUCCUUCUUUCAAUCAAAUGAAGGUGCCCAUCUUAUGGGGAAAUACUGUAUGUUACACUUGAAAUGUACAAAUGUGCCCUGUAUAGCUUAAAAUGAUCCUUAAAUGUCUCCAUUAAGUAUAUUUUGUCUUUACAUUAUUACUAACUGAAUAAGAACUGGAUUAUUUUCAAGACAAUAUUAGUAAAAGUAUUGUUAUAUCAAGCACUUUAACAUACAUAUCACAAACUGACAUGGGUUUUUCAGGUUUUGAAGUACAUUGAAAUACAGCUUUUCAUGCUAUGUCCUUUACAAAUAAAACUGUGAGAAUAA